GUAUAUCUGGUAACAGUUUGAGCGUUGUUGUCAAGCACUUAUCUUAAUUUCUUUCUUUUCAUACUUUACUUUAUUAUGUGUUAAAAUGUUAUUUUGUUUUGCGAUAUAAUCACAACCAUUCAUCUUAGACUAAAGGCUGGCGCGAGGUUUUCGUCGUAGUGUAGACUAAGUGUAGUGGCUAGUGCAGUCGCCCGAGUAUUUUUCAUACUGUAGCAGCAGCGUGCUACUCUGCUAGGAUCUUUAACAACAUGAAGUUUAACGACAAAGAUUUGGCAGAAGUAGCAUUUAAGCCUGCUGACAAGGAAGGCAGGUUAUCGUACAAACCACCUAGUCAUAACAGUUAUAGAGAAAGAUGGUUCAAGUUAAAAGGAAACCUGUUAUUUUACUUUCGAACAAAUGAAUUCGGGGCUAUUGCUGAUACUGAGCCAGCUGGUCUAUACAUCCUAGAGCGCUGUGUUGCAAAGUUGCACUCGACUAAAGAAUCGCCAUAUCAAUUUUCGAUAGCUUUUGAAGGAGACUUAUCUAACAAGACCUUGUUCAAGUGUAACUCAGCAGUACAGUGUCAGAAUUGGAUAGGGUCGAUAAAGAAAUCCAGUUAUGAACAGAUGCAAGGAGAAUUGUCUAUGCUGAGGAAAAAAAUCGAGUGUUUGUCCGGACUUGAUCCAUUGCGGUCUAUAUACGAGCCAGCUUCUACUAGUAGCCAUAACAAAGUAACAUCACAGGAUGCCAUAUCAAAAGAAAAAAGACCAGGCUUGCCCAGAUUCUACAUGUGAAUGAGCAUUAAGCCUAUGUACAGUAAGGGAUUGGUAGUUCUGACUCUGCUAGAUACCCUCGUUUGACAACAGCAGUGUGAUAAAAGCUGCGUUGCUACGACGAUCACCUUGAUACGAACCACUUACUGUUAGAAUCAUGCACAGUACCAGCUCCGCGUCGUGAACUACAAACAUGCCAGGAGAAGUCUUUCGUUCAUGCAAG